CAGUGGGGGCUCUGCCGAGUGCGCGCUCACGCACACGCAACGUCUCGUCUGCGCGCUCACGGGGCCUCUUGCGGCACGCGCCUCCGCCCCGCCCGGCCCCGCCCCGCCUCCUUCCCCCUCCCGCGCGCCAGCCCGCCGCACGCCGCUGCCGCCGCCGCCGCCGCCGCCGCCGCUGGAGCUCUGUAGUAUGGCAUCGAGGAGAAUGGAGACCAAACCUGUGAUAACCUGUCUCAAAACCCUCCUCAUCAUCUACUCCUUCGUCUUCUGGAUCACUGGGGUGAUCCUGCUGGCCGUUGGAGUCUGGGGCAAACUCACUCUGGGCACCUAUAUUUCCCUUAUUGCCGAGAAUUCCACAAAUGCUCCCUAUGUGCUCAUCGGAACUGGCACCACUAUUGUCGUGUUUGGCCUGUUUGGAUGCUUUGCCACAUGCCGUGGUAGCCCAUGGAUGCUGAAACUGUAUGCCAUGUUUCUGUCUCUGGUGUUCCUGGCUGAACUCGUGGCUGGCAUUUCCGGGUUUGUGUUUCGUCACGAGAUCAAGGACACCUUCCUGAGGACUUACACUGAUGCCAUGCAGAAUUACAAUGGCAACGACGAGAGGAGCCGGGCGGUGGAUCACGUGCAGCGCAGCCUGAGCUGCUGUGGGGUGCAGAACUACACCAACUGGAGCACCAGCCCCUACUUUCUGGAGCACGGCAUCCCCCCAAGUUGCUGCAUGAACGACACCGAUUGUAAUCCCCAGGAUCUGCACAACCUGACCGUGGCCGCCACUAAAGUGAACCAGAAGGGUUGUUAUGAUCUGGUGACCAGUUUCAUGGAGACCAACAUGGGAAUCAUCGCUGGAGUGGCUUUUGGGAUCGCAUUCUCCCAGCUGAUUGGCAUGCUGCUGGCCUGCUGUCUGUCCCGGUUCAUCACGGCCAACCAGUAUGAGAUGGUGUAAGAAGUCUUUCAAGAAUGAUGGAAGAAGAGACCUGUUUUCGAAAGGAACUGCAGCAAUCUUUGAAAGACUUCCAAAGAAUGUUAGAGCACAGUACAUAAUACACCUGUCCUAACACCCUCACCCCGUGCAACUGACACUCCCACACAGUCUCUGCUCCACCUUUGAGCCUGCAUCAUGCGUAGCAUUCCAUCUUGUGAAGCCCUGUUGUGCCAGAGUGUAGCCAGGUUCCCUGCAUCUAAGUCCUAGGGGACCCCACCCAAGGCUCUGUGUGUGCCACCUCCUCCAUCUGUACUUGGUCCAACUGCAGCUCAUUGUAGGUGACUGGUUCUCCAUACCAUCACUGGCCCUGCAGGGCCCUGCAUGUAGUGUGGGAGGCUCCUGUUAGCCCUUGAUCAUGAUUGAUAAAUGCCGCACCCCCCUAGAUGUAGAUAAGCAGAUAGCUAUCUGUUCUUUUGGCUUAAUCUCCUUUGGUUGGGUUUUCCCUUUUACUAAGGCUCUUUCCUACCUUCUUCAGGCUGCCUAGGACAUGUAAAGGGAUACAUUGGUAAUUGUCCAUGAGGAGAAAAAGGCACGUGUCACGCACAAAGGAAAUUGUCAAGCUUUGGUUGGCAUCCUUGCUCCUUACUGUUACAUGCCUGGGAACUUAUAGACAGUUUAGUGCACCUGUAUAAUCCUGUUACAAAGCUGUAUUGUUGCUUCCUGUGAAGGAAAUAAUAUUACUUCUGUUUUUCCCCAAUUAACUGCUAAUUGUUACUUCUUUCUAUAUUUUUUUCUUUGCGUUGACAUUACAGACAUCGAGGACCUCAUCAAAUCAAUUUAAAAAUGAGUGUGAAGGGGGAACAAUAGUCAAAAUAUUUUUAAAAGAUCCUAAAAAACAAUUCCUCUGUCUCGCAUGCCAACAAGAAUGCAUUGAUAUUGUGAACGUUUGUGAUACAUGUGUUAAUAA